AUGGCAACACGCAAGCACGCCAUAGGUUUCAACAGACGCACCAACCCCAUCGUCUGGCUUGUAGUCAUAAUCUGCACCAUUUUAGCCGUUGCAGUGACAAUCACAGGCCUGGUGGUGUUCGUGGGAUACGAGGUCAUCAAGCCAAGGGUGCCUUCCAUUGGUGUCAUCUAUGCAAAUCUUGACAAGUUCGACUAUUCCCAAGCCGGUCAGCUCACAACAAUGGUCACCAUUGUCCUCAGGUUUGAGAAUCACAACGUGAAAGCCCACGCGACUUUCUACGAUGCAAGCUUCAUACUUGGCUUCCACGGGACGGAGGUAGCAAGUUUGGCUGCUGAUCAGUUUGAUGUGAGCAAGAAUAGCUCGGUUGAUUACAAGUACCCUGUUGAAUCAACCCCAGUUCCACUAGGCCCUGGCGAGCAGGAGUAUGUUGAGUCGUCUAUGAAGCAGGGGACCAUUAUCUUUGAACUCAAAGGGAAUGCGAGGACUCGUUGGAGGAUUGCUCCUAUUGGCUCUGUUAAGUUCGGGUUGCACUUGAAUUGUGAGCUUCAUUUUUCUACUAAAAAUGGGACUUACACUAGCAAAUAUUGCAGAAGCAAAGUCUAA